AUGGCAGCGCCGGGCGACAGGUUGGAGCCGCCGCCGCUCCCCGAGUACAGUUGCAGCUAUGUGGUGUCGCGGCCGGUCUACAACGAGCUCGCCUUCCAGCAGCAGUACGAGCAGCGCCCGAAAGAGCGCAAGACGCUGAGAGAGAACCUGGCCCAGGGCUGCAGUUGUUCAAGAAAGAGAACCCUUCGCAUGGUGAAGACUCUCCUGCCCAUCUUGGACUGGCUUCCCAAAUACCAGAUCAAGGAAUGGCUACUUAGUGAUAUCAUUUCGGGAGUUAGUACUGGUCUAGUGGGAACACUUCAAGGCAUGGCGUAUGCUCUACUAGCUGCUGUUCCUGUCGGAUAUGGUCUCUACUCUGCUUUUUUUCCUAUCCUGACGUACUUUAUUUUUGGAACAUCAAGACACAUCUCAGUUGGACCUUUCCCAGUGGUCAGUUUAAUGGUGGGAUCUGUUGUUCUGAGCAUGGCCCCCGACGAACACUUUCUCAUAUCCAGCAGUAAUGGAACGGCACUGAAUACCACCAUAAUAGACUUUGCAGCUAGAGAUGCAGCAAGAGUAUUGAUUGCGAGCACCCUUACUCUUUUGGUUGGAAUCAUACAGUUGAUAUUUGGAGGUUUGCAGAUUGGAUUCAUAGUGAGGUAUCUGGCAGAUCCUUUGGUUGGUGGAUUCACAACAGCUGCUGCCUUCCAAGUGUUGGUCUCACAGCUAAAGAUCGUCCUCAAUGUUUCAACCAAAAACUAUAAUGGAAUUCUCUCCAUCAUCUAUACACUGAUUGAGAUUUUUCAAAAUAUUGGUAACACUAAUCUUGCUGAUUUCAUUGCUGGAUUACUCACCAUUAUCAUCUGUAUGGCAGUUAAGGAAUUAAAUGACCGAUUUAAACACAAAAUCCCAGUCCCUAUUCCUAUAGAAGUGAUUGUGACAAUAGCAGCUACUGCCAUUUCAUAUGGAGCUGACCUGGAAAAAAACUAUAAUGCUGGUAUUGUUAAAUCCAUCCCAAGUGGGUUUUUGCCUCCGGCAAUGCCAUCUGUGAGUCUGUUUUCUGAGAUGCUGACUGCAUCGUUUUCCAUAUCUGUGGUCGCUUAUGCCAUUGCAGUGUCUGUAGGAAAAGUAUACGCCAUCAAGCAUGAUUACACCAUCGAUGGGAACCAGGAAUUCAUCGCCUUUGGAAUCAGCAACAUCUUCUCUGGAUUAUUCUCUUGCUUUGUGGCUACCACCGCCCUGUCCCGCACUGCUGUCCAGGAGAGUACUGGGGGAAAGACACAGGUUGCUGGCAUCAUCUCAGCUGGGGUUGUGAUGAUCGCCAUCGUUGCCCUGGGGAAGUUGCUGGAACCCCUGCAGAAGUCGGUCUUGGCAGCUGUUGUAAUUGCCAACCUGAAGGGGAUGUUUAUGCAGGUGUGUGAUGUUCCUCAUCUGUGGAGGCAGAAUAAGACUGAUGCUGUUAUCUGGGUAUUUACAUGCAUGGCAUCCAUCAUUCUGGGACUGGACCUCGGUUUACUAGCUGGCCUUGUGUUCGGAUUUCUCACCGUGGUCCUGAGAGUUCAAUUUCCAUCUUGGAACAGCCUUGGAAGUAUCCCCAGCACAGACAUCUACAAAAGCACCAAGAAUUACAAAAAUAUUGAAGAACUUGAAGGUGUGAAGAUUCUGAGAUUUUCUAGCCCUAUUUUUUAUGGCAAUGUUGAUGGUUUGAAAAAAUGUAUCAAGUCCACAGUUGGAUUUGAUGCCAUUAGAGUAUAUAAUAAGAGGCUGAAAGCACUGAGAAAAAUACAAAAGCUCGUCAAGAAAGGGCAGUUAAGAGCAACAAAGAAUGGCAUUAUAAGUGGUGCUGGUUCAUCAAAUAAUGCUUUCGAGCCUGAUGAAGACAUUGAAAAUCCAGAAGAACCUGAUAUCCCAACCAAGGAAAUAGAGAUCCAAGUGGAUUGGAACUCUGAGCUUCCAGUCAAAGUGAAUGUUCCCAAAGUGCCAAUCCAUAGCCUUGUACUUGACUGUGGAGCCGUCUCAUUCUUGGAUGUUGUUGGAGUGAGAUCAUUGCGUGUGAUUGUCAAAGAAUUCCAAAGAAUUGAUGUAAAUGUGUACUUUGCAUCACUUCAAGAUCAUGUGAUAGAAAAGCUGGAGAAAUGUGGUUUCUUUAAUGAUAAUAACAUCAGGAAGGACAUAUUUUUUAUGACUGUUCAUGAUGCUGUCCUCCAUCUCCAGAACCAGGUGAAAUCUCAAGAGGUUCAAGAUUCCAUUUUAGAAACGAUCGCCCUCAUCCAAGACUGUAAAGAUCCUCUUGAAUUAAUGAAAGCAGAAAUGAUUGAAGAAGAACUUGAUGUCCAAGAUGAGGCUAUUCGAAGACUUGCUUCCUGA